UUCCCCAAAAAACAUUUGUCCUCAAGUUGGACUGAUUGGUGAAAUUAAUAACUGAACCCACACCCCAGAAAAUGCAAGGUUUCGGAAACUCGUAAUGGCGUUGAAUUUCAGUGUAGCGUUUUUUCACCCAAAACAUUCUUCUUUUUCUUCUUUUUCUUCUUCCUCUUCUACUCUGUUUUUUAUUCCCAAAUUUAAAGCACUCUGCCCUCCGUCAUACUGUACAUCUCCUUCUAGAACAUUUGCUCAAUCUGAGAAGAAGGAAGGGGGAGUUACGGAGGAGGACCCUCCUGAUUCUUUGACGGCCGCCGGUUCUUUGUCUUCUGCACGCACUCAGCUGGAUCUCUUGGAGCAACUCACUUCCACUACCUCUGUGAUUGAUGGUUAUGAGAGCGAUGGCAGCUCUCAGAGACUGACAAUCCGUCAGCAGCUGGCACAGUUGGUCGGGGAGAGAGAUGAUGAUUUCAGCAUUCCAUUGGGCAAAAACCUAAAGAAAGUGAGUGCCAAGUUCUUAACUGUUUCUCAGAAGAGAAACAUCAGAAGACAAUCAUACAUGGAUGAAGUCUCUCAGAGGAAUGACUCAGUUUUCUUUGCUACAAUUGGUGCAUUCGUAAUCCUUCCACCUUUUGUAAUAUUAGGCAUUGCCAUACUAACAGUUUUCACCUGCCUGAAAACAGAGUUCCAGUUUUCAACCGUACGAGGUGUAUGAUUUUUCUCCAUGGACAUUGAAAUUUGCAAGAGGGUAUUUGACUUAAGGUAAGGAGUGCCACUUUAUCAAAGAAGGAAUCAAUUGUGGAAUAUAUUCAAUUAUUUUUAAUUCAAUUUGAAGUAAAUUAGGUUUUCAAAAAGAUAAUAGGAGCCAUUUUGUGUUAUUACUAUGUCAAGCUUGUUUUACCCUUUUUCUCUCAUUAAUUUUUAUGUCUAGGUCAGACCAUACUGUUAUUUCAUGUUUAAAAAAAAAAGAAAAAAAAAGAACAUUGUCCUGUGUUGCUAAAUUAUGGUGUGAAUUGUUUGAAAAACUAGAGAAAUUCUCAAGGUUUCUACGUGGAAUAAACGGAUGUUUAUCUCGACUGUAUUUAAACUCGAUUAGGAAGUUAAUUUCAUAAUUUGUAUAAUCUCAUAUCACAGUUAAAAUAAUGUAAUUUUUUUUAAUAAUUAAAUUCAAAUUUUUGUUACUAGAGACAGCCUUUAACCCUAUCUUGUUUCGAGAAUUCUAGGUUUGACAUUUUUGCAUUCUCAUGUCUAUGAACUUCUAAGUGGGGU